AUGUAUCCUCCAAAAUAUGAUGGAAAUAUACAUCCAGAUGAAUGGAUUAAUGAUUAUCUAAGUUAUAUGAAUUUUAAAGGAGGAGGAUUUUCUAUUAAUUUACAAUAUGCUAUAUCGUUAGUAGAUCCUAUUAUCAAACUUCCAACUGGAAUUGAUGACUUCGAAAAACUUCGUAAAGCACUUAAAGAAGAUAUUUCCUUUACAGUAUUUAAAAAUACAAAUAAAAGAAAACUGCAAUUAUUAACAUACAUUCCUGAAAGAGAUGGUGGCGAAACUUCAAAUUUUAUUUCGAAAUUUCGCAAAUUAUGUUAUAAUGCCGAAAUUAACGAUAUUGAAGAACAAAAGGAGUACAUUAAUCAAUCAAUUCUAAAUGAUUAUUUCAUAACUGAAUUUUUUAAGAGAAAACAAAAAAUUGAUUCUAUUAAUGAAUUAAUUAAAGAAUUUGAGGAAAUUGUUAUGUACGAGACAUCUUUAAUUAGAAACGGUUCUAUUGUAAGAUUAAAACAUGUUGCUACAGGAAAAUAUUUAGGUUCAAUUAAUAAUUUAUGUUAUACAACUGGAAGCAAGUCUCAACUGGUUUUUGCUAGUAAUUAUGACUCGAAUGCUUUAUGGAAAAUCACAUUUACGAGCGGAAAAGAAUUAGCAUCAUAUACCGAUACUAAUAUAUAUUUACAACACAAAAGUUCUAGCAACUUUCUUGGAAUUUAUUAUGGUUACUAUAAAUCUCCGGUAACUCAGCACACGGAAGUAAAUUGUUAUUCACAAAAUCAAUGGAAGUUUAAUCAUAAUAAAUUGGAAAAUUAUCAAGGAUAUUUGAAAUCAAAUGAUACCAUUAACCUUAGUAUAAAUAAUUUUAAAUAUCAACAAGUAUUUUUACGUAGUCAUGAUUUAAAAUUUGCUAUUGGAAAUGAUACAUUUCAAGAAGUCGUCUGUCAUAAUGAAAGACUAGGUGGCAGUGAUGAGUAG